AAAGACGCGGUGUCGUCAUCUUACCGGAAGUUGAAGAGGGAAAUCAGUGGAGUCGCGUUGGCAUUAAGUAUCAGCCGACGCUCGAGCUCAGGGGAGACGCCGAGCCUGUUCGCAGACUUCAGGAAUAGGACAUGAGAAGGUCUCCACGAUGGACACAGAGAUGAUGCCGAAAUUCUCCUCAAAAGAUGAGGAAAUCGAUUACUGGAAAUGCUUGUCUCUCAAAUACAAGAAGAGUUGUCAUGACGCUCAGGAGGAGCUGCAGGAGUUUCAGGAAGGCAGUCGGGAGCUGGAGGCCGAGCUGGAAGCUCAGCUGGGUCAGGCUGAACACCGUAUCCGAGACCUGCAGUCAGAGAACCAGCGGCUGAAGAGCGAGGUGGACACACUCAAGGAUAAACUGGAGCAGCAGUACGCCCAGAGCUAUAAGCAGAUAUCCAUGCUGGAGGACGACCUGGUCCAGACGCGUGGCAUCAAGGAACAGCUGCACAAAUAUGUCAGAGAGCUGGAGCAGGCCAACGACGACCUGGAGAGAGCCAAGAGGGCCACCAUCACAUCUCUGGAGGACUUUGAACAGAGGCUAAACCAGGCAAUAGAGCGGAACGCAUUCCUGGAGAGCGAACUGGACGAGAAGGAGUCACUCCUGGUCUCAGUGCAGAGGCUAAAGGAUGAAGCUAGAGACUUGCGGCAAGAGUUGGCUGUACGAGAGAGGACUUCAGAUGUUGUCAGGAUGUCGGCCCCCAGCUCUCCCACCCUAGACAUUGAUAAGACAGACUCUGCCGUGCAAGCGUCCCUGUCCCUCCCGGCCACACCUGUAGGGAAUAAGACCAUGGACCACCCUUUCAUUGCUUCCAAAGCGUUGACCAAUGGCUAUGGAAACUCUCCCCUCACACCAUCUGCACGCAUCUCAGCCCUUAACAUCGUUGGUGAGCUCCUGCGGAAAGUUGGGGCUCUCGAGUCUAAACUAGCUGCCUGUAGGAACUUUGCCAAGGACCAGGCAGCAAGGAAAAGUUACGCCACAGGAAAUGGAAACCUCAUCAACAGCAACGCAACCAAGUUCUCUCAUUCACUCCACACUACGUAUUUUGACAAGACGACUAUAAAUGGACUGGACCCUGGUGCCCUGACCGCCAUGGCUCCCCCGCGAGCCGUGUCUCCUCCCGGCAUGCUCCCUCUCAGCGUGUGACAGACGGUCCACCUCCACACAAGCUCGGACACAUGGAAAUGGAGAGGACACUCGAGAGAGAGAAUGUGUGAGUGUGUGCGUAAGAGAGACUGAGAUGACAUGCCUCCAGCGCGUCUGACAGAUACAUGUCAGGCGUGGGGGUGCCGUUCCUGUGAGCGUCCCGCGUGGUUCUCUUGUUCUCACGAGGUCUCACUUAAAGCCAGCAAAACGACAAGGGUCCGAGUCGGACCGCAGCUUCAGUGUGUGUUUUUAGUGAGCCGCACAAUUUAAAAGAUGUUUAGCAAAAUAUAAAAACGAUUAAAAAGAACGAAAAGGGAUUUUCUUUGAGGUGAACGUCACUGUAUGCUGAACACAGAUGA